GAAUUACUGACAAAUGAUAGCUAUAACAGCUGAACCCUACCCUCCUCCCCCUUUCUCUCUCUUUCCCUUCUCCAUUUUCGAAUUUCAUCUCAAAUUAUCAAUACUCCCAGUCUCCCACCGGGCCACCAGCUGCGUCUGACUCCUCUGGUGACUCGCCUCUGUCCUCUGACUGUAAUUCCGGCCGCUUCCCUUGGUUUCGUCUUGCUUCCGGCUGCCACCUGCGUCCACAGACCACAGUCCAUCGGACCACCAUUCUUUAGUUUUUAUUGGGUAAAGACUAAACUUACAAGGGGAUUGUGCGCCGUGGAUCUGAAAUUAACCCAGAACGAUUUUGACUGAGAAACAAUGUUCAUCAAAGUACAACUUCCAUGGAAUGUGAUCAUCCCAGCUCAAAAUAUGGAUGUGAAAGGAUUGAUGCUGCAAAAGUCAAUCAUACAACGACUGAUGGAAGAUUUUUCUGCCAAAAAGACUACUAAGGAUCUUGGCUAUCUACUUGCAGUCACAACUUUGGAUGAGAUAGGAGAAGGGAGAGUUAGGCAGCAAACUGGAGAUGUGAUGUAUCCUGUUACCUUCAGCUGUCUCACUUUCAAGAUAUUUCGUGGAGAAGUUUUAGACGGUACAGUGCACAAGGUCUUAAGGCAUGGGGUGUUCUUGAGAUGUGGGCCCAUUGAGACUAUUUUCCUCUCUGCCCAGAAGAUGCCUGGCUAUCAGCAUGUUCCUGGUGAUAAUCCGAUGUUCAUAAGUGAGAAGCAGAUGAAGAUUGAGAAAGAUGUUGUGGUUCGCUUUUGUGUGAUCGGGACUAAGUGGGUGGAAGCUGAUAAGGAAUUCCAAGCUGUGGUUGGUUUAGAGGGCGACUUUCUAGGGCCGAUUUGACGAGUGAAUUUACUUUUCUGUAUGAAGACUUCUAAUUAGUAGGAUGUAAAUAUUUGUUGUUGCAUUACUGUUGCUUGAAUGUGCUACUUUUGUGGUAGUUUGCUAAUGAGCUUGGAUGUAAGCUUAUAAACUAGAUUCAGAUCUGCUGAACACUAUUUGAAGAGCUUAUGCAGAAAGUAAGCAGGGCAGUUUCCUUGUUAAUUUCUUCUUGUACUGUUUCUGUUUGUAACUGAACUCUGAUUAGUUCAUGGCCAUCUCGAAUUUGGACCCAAACUGAAUGCAUAUAUCCCAAUCCAGGCCUUGAUAUUGAACCUUGGUCUCAAAGAUACGCUCUUAAUUGAAUAAAUGCAUUGUUGUAUGAGAUGAUUUUAUUGAGAGACGUGCCUUAUAUAUGGGUUAAAUAAUCCACUUUGUAUAUAUUAUGAGAAUAUAAACUUCUUGUUUGAAGUU